ACUGACAUUUCAGUUGAGGUUAGAAUUGCAGCUGCGGAAAUGUCUACUUUCCGCGCGUGCCGUAUUUUUUUGCGAAAUUACGCCACUAAACAUCCAGUUGGGGCGCAAAAUCUCGUGGAGUCUGUUGCAGUAACUGAUGACGGAUCAACUCUGGUGGCUUGGCACCCGAAACCUGCUUUCCCCUAUGAGUUCAGCAAGCCCAUCCCGCCCCCAGUGGAGAGGGACAAUUCAUCUUUACUGAAGGAAAACGCUCUGAACACCGCAAUGCAAGCCUUCAAGACUAAACAUCCGGAGGUGGCUAGAGCUGAACUCAUGAAGAUUACGCACACCACAAAACAUCCCUGGUACCCCAGACCCAGAGACAAGAGGGCAAAGAAAAACACCCCACUAGACAGACCUUAUUUGUAAUGAAAUCCCUGAAAUCCGGAAAAGUAUGUCAUUGUAGUUGUAAAAUAAAGUUGAUUUCUCUA